CCUACGUUAGCUGCGGCUCCCGUGCCCAGAAGUGUCCGAGCCAUGCAUGUGGACAUCUCACAGUGUCCGCUCCGGAACCGGGUGUUUGUGGUGGGCGUUGGGAUGACCAAGUUUGUGAAGGACGCCCCAAGAUGACCCACAGUCCGCACCUCCUUUGAAUCUGGGUGGAAUCUUAAGAUGUGUGGACCUCUGACGGAGGCAAGGUCCGCCUCACACCCGAAAGGAAAGCAGUUCACAAAGCCUGGAGUUGAGAAUUCAAGAGACUACCCUGACUUGGCAAAGGAAGCAGGCCAGAAGGCUUUAGCGGAUGCACAGAUCCCUUAUUCUGCAGUAGAACAGGCAUGUAUUGGCUAUGUUUAUGGUGACUCUACCUGUGGGCAGAGGGCUAUCUAUCACAGUUUGGGACUGACUGGAAUUCCUAUAAUCAACGUCAACAAUAACUGUUCUACUGGUUCAACGGCUUUGUUUAUGGCCCGGCAACUGAUUCAGGGUGGUCUGGCAGAUUGUGUCUUGGCUCUUGGAUUUGAGAAAAUGGAAAAGGGAUCCCUUGGAUUAACAUUUUCAAACAGGACCAAUCCAAUUGAUAAGCAUCUCGAAGUCCUGAUCAACAAGUACGGAUUGUCAGCCCACCCAGUUGCGUCUCAGAUGUUUGGAUUUGCUGGAAAAGAGCACAUGGAAAAAUAUGGAACAAAACUUGAACACUUUGCAAAAAUUGGAUGGAAAAAUCAUAAACAUUCAGUUAAUAACCCGUAUUCCCAGUUCCAAAAGGAGUACAGUUUAGAUGAAGUGAUGGCAUCUCAAAAAAUUUUUGAUUUUUUGACUAUCUUACAAUGUUGUCCCACUUCAGAUGGUGCUGCAGCGGCAAUUUUGGCUAGUGAAGCGUUUGUACAGAAGCACGGCCUGAAAUCCAAAGCUGUGGAAAUUUUGGCUCAAGAGAUGGUGACUGAUAUGCCAAGCACGUUUGAAGAAAAAAGCAUUAUUAAAAUGGUUGGCUUUGAUAUGAGUAAAGAAGCUGCCAGAAAGUGCUAUGAGAAAUCUGGCCUGAGACCAAGUGAUAUUGAUGUAAUAGAACUUCAUGAUUGCUUUUCCACCAAUGAACUUCUUACUUAUGAGGCACUGGGACUCUGUCCAGAAGGUCAAGGUGGGAAACUGGUUGAUAGAGGAGAUAAUACUUAUGGAGGAAAGUGGGUCAUAAAUCCUAGUGGUGGAUUGAUUUCAAAGGGACACCCACUUGGAGCUACAGGUCUGGCUCAGUGCGCUGAACUCUGCUGGCAGCUGAGAGGGGAAGCCGGAAAAAGGCAAGUUCCUGGUGCAAAGGUUGCUCUGCAGCAUAAUUUAGGCCUUGGAGGAGCAGUAGUUGUCACGCUGUACAAGAUGGGUUUUCCUGAAGCUGCCAGUUCUUUUAGAACUCAUCAAAUUGAGGCUGCUCCAACCAGCUCUGCAGUUGAUGGAUUUAAGGCAAGUCUUGUCUUUAAGGAGAUUGAAAAGAAGCUUGAAGAGGAAGGGGAGCAGUUUGUGAAGAAAAUCGGUGGUAUUUUUGCCUUCAAGGUGAAGGACGGCCCUGGAGGUAAAGAAGCCACCUGGGUGGUGGACGUGAAGAAUGGCAAAGGAUCAGUGUUCCCUAACUCAGAUAAGAAGGCCGACUGCACAAUUACAAUGGCUGACUCGGACUUACUGGCUUUGAUGACUGGUAAAAUGAAUCCUCAGUCGGCCUUCUUUCAAGGUAAAUUGAAAAUCACUGGCAACAUGGGUCUGGCUAUGAAGUUACAAAACCUUCAGCUUCAGCCAGGCAAAGCUAAGCUGUGAAGAACUCUCUUUGCCUACCUUUGAAAAUCAAGAUGAGAUAUAUAGAUAUAUGUCCAUAUAUUUCAUUGUCAGAACUUAGAUUGAAACUACACAUUGGCAAAUAGCGUAUUUGUUUUUAAAUGGGUGUGACCAAUCCUGUUUUUCCUAAGCUCUGGGUGACUAGAACCUGAUGAUGUACUACUGCUUUGCUGAAUUGCAUACAACUGUGCAUUACAAAGUUAAUAUGGUAAUUAUGGUUUGGGGUAAAAUUGAGUUUUAGAAUAAAAUUAGGAGUAGCAAAAUCCAAAAACUAUGUAAACGAAAGCUCUCAUUUUGCUUAUAAAGUAUAUUUGAGGAUUAUUCUGCUGAAGAUUCAAUUUAAUUCAGUUUUCCUUGGGAGAACUAGGGAAGAAACAGAAUACCAGUAGCUGGCCAGUAAUUAGUGUUGUGCACUUAAUGACCUUAAUCUGUUUUCCAUUGAUAAUUUUUAAAAUUCUGUACUGGGAUGUUUUUUUAAAAAAAUCUUCACAGUUUUGCAUUUCAUGCCAUCAAAACAGUAUUUUCUUCCCAAAUCAAAGAAAUAUGAUCAAAGCUUGGGAGAAAAAAUAUAUAGCUGAACACAGGCCUAUUUUUUAAAACAAAAAUAUUUUUAAGUGAGUUUCCUUCCUGGAAAAAAAUCAGUGUAUUAGAAUCAUGAACACUGUUGUUAAAAAUAAUUGAACAAAUAAAGUUUGCUUUGAGAUGCACAGUUUUCAAAUUAUAAUCUCGUAUUAAUUUAAUUUGUAAAACUCUCCUUCCUUUGUUAUAAUUUUCCCUUUUCAUAUGUUUAGUUUAACAAGCCACAUUUAAUUUACCUUCCUAGUUUUUUUUUUAUUCAAUUUAAAGGAAUAUUGCUUUUUAUUCCUUUUUUUUUUAAAGGUAAAUUUCAUACCAGACUUUGGCAUGUGAUGUGUUUUCCCUACUUUUACCUUCCUAGUUUUUCUAAUGCUAAUGUUAUUUCUAAUAACUCGGUAAGAUAUGGGGUAGAGUAAUGUUUUUGGAAGAAUGUUUAAUAGAAAAUUAAAAUAGCUCUUCCUCAUC